AUGUCAAAGGGUUGUGAGGUUGAAGUGUGUUCUGAAGAGGAAGGGUUCAAAGGCGUUUGGUUCCGAGCGGUCUUAGAGGAGAACCCUACCAAGAGUGGACUGACCAAGCUUCGUGUCCGCUACACGGAUUUUAUAACCAACGAUGAAUCCUCUCCCUUAACCAAUAGCGUCGAGCAGAGAUUCAUCCGGUCGAUACCACCUGAGGAUCUCCAAAACAGCGUUGUUUUGAAGGAAGGGACGGUGGUCGAUGCGAAAUACAAAAAUGGGUGGUGGAAAGGUUUUAUUGUAAAGAAGAUAUCAGAGGGUGAGAAGUUUUUGGUUUACUUCAAUUCACCUCCGGACCUAUACGAGUUCGAAAGAAACCAGUUGCGUGCUCAUCUUGACUAUAUGAACUGGAAAUGGGUUGUACCAAAAACCGAGGAACUGAAGAAGUCCAUGUCUUUCCCCGGAGCAAUGGUGGAAGUCACCGGUGCCUACUUGAAAACUGGGUGGUUCCCAGCGUUGAUGGUUACAGAGGUUAAAGAUGACAUUGAGAAUAAAUUCCUUGUCAAGGACUUGAGUCAGAAGUUAAGCCUCAUCAAUGGUGAUGAGAGAACACCACCACCGAUUAUUAAUGCACACUGCGUUAGACCCGCACCGCCAAAUUCUUCGGUUGAAGAAUAUCGGUCAUGUGAAUGGGUAGAGGCGUUAUGUGGUCAUGGAUGGUUCCCAGGGUUGGUGAAGGGAGCUCUCUCUGAGAACCGUUACUUGGUUCGUAUGGACAUUACAAAGGAGGAUCGUGAAUUUAAGGUCUCGGAGCUUCGACCCUUGAUGGUGUGGGAACAUGGGGAUUGGCGUGAGAGACCAAAGAUAUUGACUUGUUCUGGUGCUAGGCCACUCGCUAAAGCUAAUAUUGUGGCUGUGAGUUAA